AACAGUGCACACUCUUUCUCUCUCAUCAGCUCUUGCUCUCUUUUUCUGUCCUUUUCCCGUCUCAGGAGCAGACACAGUCAGUGGAGCAUCGACUUCAGGACCGAGACAGGACUGAGGAUUGGCAACAUUUACAUCAAAACAUCACCUGUAAUGCAGUUUAGAUCAAAGCAGGAGCAACAGAUUGCCCCCAUUUGCAUUGGUAGAUGCAGCUGAUGCUCUCUGGGGUUUGGAAAUGGAGCAGAUUCUGCAGCUGACGUCUCCUGGGCUCUGAGAGUCAGUUUUGGAAAUGACAACAACACUGAGCAACAGAAAAGGAAAGCUUUGAAUCAGACUGAAAGCAACAAGCUGGGCGUCAACAUCACCUCCACCGCCAGCGUCUCCUCCCAUCAUCCUUCCAUUCGCUGAAGAGGACCAGGCAUCCGAGCUGUGAAUGCACAAACAGCAGGAGGAUGUGAGAUCGACAUGCACAGAGCAGAGUUUAGAGGAGUUUUUCUGUGGAACAUAACAAGCGAGAUUGGAUUUUGUCAGCGUGAAGAAGCAGGACAGGCAACAAUAAGUCCAUCAGACUAUCACCUGGACUUCUGAGGACAACAAAGGAGGGAGAGGAGUAUGUACGCCAGCAUCUACCAGAGAACAGAAGCAAACCGAGAAUCCUAGAACUGGAGCAGAAAUGACAGAAAGAGAUUUGACUCUGCUACGCAAACCAGAGAUAGAUAACUUAAAGAAGCCAUAAACAAAUUUACCAAUCAUCAAAAGUGGGCGACGAACACAAAGAUAUCUGACUUCAGAAGGAUGUACUUGCAACACUGGAGCUUGCAUUUCGCCUAACGUUCAGAAGACGUUUCUGCACCGAUUUGUUCCGGUGCAAGUUCUGGGGUUCUUGCUCGACUCUUACUUUUCCAGGCUGAGGUGGAUCUGCCGUGGGGGGCAGCUGACAGCCAUCCAAGACGCCGCGAGCCGUACUCCGCGUGAAGAAUGCCCAGCCCCGCUUGGCCAAGCCGGCCGACCCGGGCCCGACGCCGGGGCUCUACAUGGAGAGAUCGCAGAGCCGCAUCAGCCUGUCAGCGUCCUUCGAGGCCCUCGCCAUCUACUUCCCCUGCAUGAACUCCUUCGACGAGGACGAUGGGGUGGAUACAGAGGGCAGGAAGUUGAAGGGAGGCAUCCAGAGGAGCACAGAGACGGGUCUGGCUGUAGAGAUGCCGAGCCGGACAGUCCGACAGGCCAGCCACGAGUCCAUAGAGGACAGCAUGAACAGCUACGGCUCCGAGGGAAACCUGAACUAUAGUGGUAUGUGUUUGGCGUCGGAUGCACAGUUCAGCGACUUCCUGGAUGGGAUGGGACCAGCUCAGUUUGUUGGCCGACAGACGCUGGCGACAACAUCCAUGGGUGACGUGGAGAUCGGUCUGCUGGAGAGGAAUGGAAGUCUGGAGGUGGAGGUCAUCCAGGCCAGAGGACUCACCAUGAAACCAGGUUCAAAGGGACCUCCAGCGGCCUACAUCAAAGUUUACCUCCUGGAGAAGGGGAACUGUGUGGCCAAGAAGAAGACCAAGUCAGUGAGGAAGUCUCUGGAUCCUCUCUACAACCAGGCCCUGGUCUUCUCUGAGAGCCCACAGGGGAAAGUGGUGCAGGUGAUCGUUUGGGGCAACUAUGGACGUAUGGACCGCAAAUGCUUCAUGGGCGUUGCUCGAAUCCUAUUGGAGGAGCUGGAUCUCAGCACGAUGGUGAUUGGCUGGUACAAGCUCUUCCCUACGUCCUCCAUGGUGGACCCAACGAUGGCACCACUGAUACGCCACUCCUCCCAGAUGUCCCUAGAGAGCACCAUUGGGCCCUGUUGUGAGCGAUCCUAAGACUCGAGAAAAAUAUCAAGUUUGGUUGUUGCGACUCCCAAAUCCCAAAACACCCUUUUUAUAGCCUGUAGCCCUGCGCCUGGGUCAGCCAGGUGAUACUGCCGCUGGAGCAGAUAGGUGUAAAGUAUCUUAUUAAGGGCAAUAUGACAGGUACAACCACACAUGGGAUGAACCUAUCCCCUGAUAUGGAACUGACUACUAACUAGUAAGUCAUUUUGGCACUCAUUGGCGGUGUAAUUCUUUUGAUAUGGUAUCAGGGUUUCCUGGGACUCACGGGAAGCACAUCUCUUGUGCUGUUGAAACCGACCGCCUCUCAGACUCACAGGAAAAUGUCUUUGAUGAGAAAACAAAAACCUUCUUAAUGAGAAUACUUCAAAGGAGGGCUCGGUAUUCCGACAUCGAUCACAUCCUAUUGGGACCACAAUGCACUGCAGGCUCAGCUUUGCUUCAGCUACGCGCCUUCACAGCCUACGAUGGAUUCUUAAUCCCAGGACUGCUUGUUGUCUUUUUGCUUCUCUGCUAAGGAGCUGGCUAUAUGUCCAUCCACAAGUCCGGAGACUGCCCUCAGACUGAUGGAGACACCAGCCGCUUAUUUUGCAGGAGAAUCUAGGGGCAUGUAUCAGGACUACAAAGGACUUUAAAAAAGUAUAACAUAUAUAGCUUUAUAGCUAUAGAUAACUUAGUUGUUGUAACCCCAAGAUGUCUUGGUUUCGAACACUCAGUUGAGCUGUUUUUCGUUUAUUGUGUCACACAUUUGGCCCUUCAAUGUUCACUUCAUGCAGUACUAUGUGUUUGUGAAUGGUGGCAUCUUCUGGAAGGAUCUUAGGGAUCCAGAUUACUGCUGUGUUUCUUUCUUUACCAGUUAGUUAGGACUUCAGACAAAUUCAGUUACCUUUAGUGCCAGGUCUAAAUUUGUCCCUGAGUGGAUUUAAAUGGUUUUAAACAACAUUAGCACGUUCUAAGUUGUCAAAUAUCGUGAUGCUUGUACAUUUACAAUCAAUUGCGACAUUAGCUGAUUUUACUGACUAUUUUGUCAUCUCUUAUUGAAGGUGCGUUUUAGAUAAAUCAGCCAGUGCUGUGUUUGGUAGGGAUGAGAACAUGCAGCUUUGUGGGUUUUGAGAAAAGUUGAUUAACAACCCCAUUUUAUUGGUUGUUUCUUGAAUCUGAAUGAUUGCUUGCUUACAGAAAUGUCCAGUUUAUCACAAACAGUUUGAAAUUUGAACUCAUAGAGAUAAUGCAUCUUAAGGAAACCGUAAAAGAAGUAUUUGUUUCCUGUCACCCAGAACCCUUCUUAGUACAUAAAGUUAUGCUAACGUACCUUGCCAUACCUCAAAGCGGAUAAAAUGGCAGAUAUGCAUGCAAAAUAUUGUAUUAGAUGAAGAUGCAAGUGACUCUUACAUCCAAAUGCAAUGUGGUAGAUCCUUAUCUGGAUACAAUCUGGAAACAACUGGCAUGAAACAGACAAAUGGGGUCUGACAUAUUGAAGGUGCUUUGUCCUCAUUUUGUUCUAAUAUGUUCUUUGUUCUUAAUGUUCACAUCCACCUGGUAAUGCAGGACACAUCAAAGGCAGGGGGAGGUAUUGUACCUUUGUGGCUGGAAACUUGUUGUCCAUCCCAAUAUAAAUGUAGUUCUGAAUACUCUUAAACUAAUGUGUAGAAGUAGAUUAUUAAAAUUCCUCCUCCUCUCUUUUUUUUUUUUUUUUUUAGCUUUGGCUAAUAACAGUAUCUACUGUGCCAAUUUCCACCAGCAAGUGUCUUCUCCUUCCUCUUCCUUAAUUACCUUGAAGCAUGUGCUAUUGUGAGGGAGGAACAGAAACAAGUCCUCACAAGAUCUGACAGCAGUGUUCAGGCUGCGCCGAGAAGCAUCCCUUUUAUUCUAAAUUACAGGCCUUAUCCACAAGGCAACAAGUGAUUAGCCAUGCAAUGACUGUGGAUAGAGGAAGAGAGGGGAGGAAAGAGAGAGGAAGGAAGCAUGAAAUGUACUUUGCAUCAUCCAAACAAAAGAUCUGUCUGGACUGACGUCAGGCUUUACAGAUUUCAAAAAAGGACACAAACAUAGGAUGAAUUUAAAGGGAACACAAUGUGCACACUGUAGAGAAACUUAACAAAGUAUGUGUAUUUCAUUUUGGGCACUUUAUGAUUCCUUAUGUCUUUUUUAUGUGUAUAUAUUAUGGUUGUUAGUGUCUUUUGAGGUGAGCCAAAGUUUAUCUAUAAUCACUUUGUUAAUAAUGUUAAAUCUUUGAGGGAGGGAAGGGAUAUCUUGCUUGUUACCGUAAGAUUGUAGCAUUAGCUGGUAGCAUCCGCAUGACUGAUUAAAACUAAUAAAUAAUUAGCAGACUACUUGAUAAGAUUAAGCAUGAGCUACACACUACUCAGAAAGAGGUGAAACAAAAUACAGUAUGUUAGGUUGAGACCCAACAUGAAUCAAGGAAAACAUUCAUAUGUAGCAACUUAUUUGAGAUUAAAAGUUCACUAAAUUUCAUUUUGGGCUUUUUACUGAUGCUGUAUAUGUAAUCAUAGGAAAAAAAGUUGUUCUUUUUUAAACUGUGACGCAGAAAUUCUGAACAAAAUGUUAUUUCUCUAAUGCUUAUCAACACAAAUUUGAAUUAAAACACACAAUUUGGAGUAAUUUUACCUUUUUUGUGCAGAAGUGGCCUCAUUUUCCAGUAGCAGUGUUGCAGGGAUAUUAAUACUGUAUUCAUUUCCAACCAAAUCAGCUACAUUCUGUAAAGCAAUAAUCAAAAGCAUCCAGUCAUUGCUGUAUUUUCUGUUGCACAGUGCUCGGUUCAGUCGAACUCAUCAAGUAAAAUGUUUUACAACACUGUGUAGGUUAUCCUGUUUCAUACUAUGUUUUGUAUGUAUCAGGACUUUUGUGAUUCCAAAAACUGUUACCGCUAAAGUCGUUAUUUCCUGCUGUUCAAACUUUAAGGACACAGUAUUUCUAUGAUUUUAAAACCUUGAAAAUAGCUUGAAGAAACUGAACGCAGAUAGAAAACAUCACUUGUUAGUGUGUCAUUUAAACCCGUUCAAGAUGUUCAUUACUUAUUCCAGGAGUUUCAUAUGGUCUCUAAAUAAUCUCUUUGAAAUUGAGAAAGAACUGAAUUAUAAUAACCUAUGUAACAUUUCAAUUUAUGGUUUGAAAAAUGCGGGAUCAUUUUUCACGGUCUAAGUUAAUGACAUUAAGUAGCAUGGACUGCCUGGUAGUCUGAUCAAGAUGGGACUGUAUUUAAAAUGAGAUGAUAUAAAACAAAAGGGUGUAUACAUCAAUACAUAUAUACAUACAUAAUAUUAUAUAAAUAUGUUUAAGAUUAACUCCUCUUUAUGUGACCCAAGGAAUGUGUUUUAUGUGCCAAAAUGUGAACAUGUAUUGAGGGCUGAAUUCCGAAUUGAGGACCAAUGAUAGAAGAAAGUUUACACUUACAUUUUACACAAGCAGAGUACAUUCUGUUCGAAAGAAAUGACUCUUCAAAUAACAUAAUAUAUUGCAUGAUAAUGAUUUAGAUUUAGCAUACAUAGAUCACAAAGAGUUAGAUAUGUAAACUUUGACUGAUAACAUCAUAGAAAAUCCCCAUCAAUCUACAUCCAACCUGCAGCUGCUGCAACCAAGUGAACACAUACUUUCUGAAGCAUUCUAUUAAAAGGCUGAUUGUUCAUUUUAACCAUAAAAAAGUGACUGUGAUACAGCAUGCACACAGUGAAUGAUGGGUUUUCUUUGAUGGUUACAGCUGACCUUGAAAGAAAAGGUUCUUCCCUGAUUGUUGGGGAUAGAGAAUCAAUAUGCCCACAUUGUCAGCAGAAUUAAGAGUAACUCAUGUGUGUUUAAAAUAUUCAAUGUGUAAUUCUGCUCUUCUGUUCACCUGUCUCUAUCUGUGUGUGACAUUUUGUAUCUUUCAAGGCAAACGAAUGAGCUAAUAGUUGAUAUAUAAUUGACAUAUUCAUCACCAAAAAUGUAAGUCUUUGCAUUCACCCAUGUUUUAAAUGUGUCUGCCACAGGUUAAUUAUGUACUACUAUCAAUUGUAAUGUAAGUAGAGGCCUUAAACACACCAAUAUACAUUUUACUUUUUUUUUCUUCAGGGCUAAGGACUACGAAAUGUCACUAAAAGUAAACUAAGCAACGCAAAAACAGUCACCAUUUCAACACAUUACUUAAAGUUAUUUAAGUUCCCUCAACUGCAUGGAAAUAUAUUUAUGUAUGGUUCAAAUGCAUUUUUGACACUAAUAUUUUUAGUCAGUAUUUGUGUAUAAUUCCCACUCCUUGGUGUGGGCUUAAUAGAAUAAAGUAAGCAAAAAAGAAAUAGAUACUCAAAGAUUCUGACCUUUCCUAACAAGAAUUAUUUUCUAAAAUGAACACUGUCGCACAUACUGUACUGUCGUACUUGCUGGUUUCAAUCAAGUGGAGUAAAAUAAAAAAAAUAUCAUAAAAAUGUAAGACAAUUUGCAAUCUAGCCAUUUUCACCAUCUGGUUUCCAAAUGGGGGCUUUUCCAUCCCACCUUUUUUUGCUGAUUUUCUGCGAAACCAGACAGCGCCAAUUGUCCAAAAUGUUAAGGGAAAUACAGUUGUGUCACAUAUGUCAAACAGCAUAUAUGUUGAGCAAAUGGAUUUAUGAAGUAAAAAAUGUUCUUCAUCUUAGAACUUUGAGUUACAGGAUGUUUGCUUUGCAGCGCUUUUGGUUUAAAAUCAUUUAUCUAUAUUUAGUUCACUUUUAUCGAGACAAAAAAACACAAAAGAAACUUGGGAUGUGUAAAAGAAGCAGUAAAACUGAGAUUGCCGUCUAAUUUCAACAAUAUUUUAAGAUGGCAUCCCAAUUUUUCCAAUGAGAGUUGCUGUAUCACUGAAAAUGACGGUUGAGAUUUUCUCUGGCUUCCACCAAUUGGCUCGCGUAUAAUUAACUGAUAGGCUUUGUUAGAUCCUUCCAAAUUUUUCCCAAAGGCUCUUUUUAUUCUGAAGAUUUUUGCAGAAGAUCAACCUAAAAAUCAAUUAGAAGUCCUCAAGUUUCUUAAAAAAACCAUGUUGCGUGAGUUAAUUUCUCUAUGUCUUUUCCCUUUAAGUACAACGGUUGUACUUACAAGAAAGAAAGAGCACUCUUUGUGUCCUUUUCUUUUAGAGUGGCAGUGUGUACAUUUCUAGACAUACAUAUCAUAUCAUGUUCUCUCCGGGGGGAAGAAGCAGGUUAGGAAAUGGUGAUUGCUGGAUCCCAAGAGCAAUACACCUUCUCCAGUCUGCUCCCAUGCUUUACCCCUCAGAGGCUGUCCUCAACCCAACCCACCAUCUGGUAGUUGCCUUCAUUCAAAGUGUCCCACAUUUCCUCCAGUGAAUACAUUUUCAGGUUGAGCGACCCCGGUGUGAGUUGAAGUGACAUGGGGUUUUGUAACUUGUGUUUCCCAACACCUGUCCAGGUUAAAUUACCUCUCACAUAUGCGUUGCUGGUCAUUAUGGCAUCGUCUCAUUUUGGUCUUUAUCACAAAAUCUUUCAAAAACAAAUCUUCCUUUUCUGUCUUGAUGAUCAUUUUAUCUACAGCAUUCACAGCCUUAACUUCUAUAAGCCAUCUGAAAGGCUCCUAAAAUACUAAAAGGGUAAUGUUUGGUUCUGGGAUACCAGAUAGGAAGGCUUUACAGGCCUUCUCAUGCUGUCAGCAUGUGAUAUGGGCAACUUUUGGAAGCAAUGCUGAUGGAAAACCUGUUUUUCCAGGGAAGCUUUUUCAAGAAUCUAUUGUAUAUUAUUUCCAAAAAAUACAAACCUUCCUGUUGUUAAACACAAUUAUCAAUUAUUCAGUUUCUUUAUUGGAGAGACUUCAUUACAAAGCCAUUAAAGGAUUGCAAAAUGCCAUUUAUUGUACAAGUUUACCGUAAUAUUUUUAAUUGUUAAGUACCAUUGAUCCCAUAACUUCACCAAAUGCUAGCAUAAGCUUAUCUUGGCAAAGCGUUAAGCAAAUCUGUGUUGCUUUGCUUUCGUUGCUCAUGUUUUACUGCCUUGAGGACCUGAAUGUUAUUGAAAGAGACAAAGUGGGUGUAAUUUAUUUCAUUUCACCGCACUGUCAUAUUAAACACACACAUACAACGUAUAUUUGCAGAUUCUUUGGCAAACUGUUAUAUUGUUGAGUAAAUGCACAAUUCGGUGUAUUGUUAUUCUAUUCCAACUGUCAAUAAAAUAGUCUAACUCCA